GACACAGCGAUGGGACUUUUCAUUCGCACGUAUGGCUGCCGCUCGCCGCCGCUGUCGCGCUUUAGACCAAUGUCGUGGCUGGGCCGUUACGAAUCAUAAGCGAAUAGUGCUGUAAUGUUGCACGUUGGCUAGGUACCCAGACGAAUAAAUCAUGGCGUCAUGGUUCGGCCGUCCAAGUGUUGAAGUGUACAAUGAUAUUCAUGUAAACUUUUUACCAUUGAAUUAUGCUUAUGUGUUUUUGAACACGACGUUGGAUCACAUUGGAGUGUACAGUGUUAGUGAGGAUUGUUAUAAAUGCCCAUAUAAACGUCAGGAGAGUGAAUACAAUGCACACGGAUCAGACAAGACAGCUGUUUAUAAAGUGUAUACGGGAGAACAGACCAAAUGGAGGAUUCUUAACAAUGAAUAUUAUAAUUUUAUACAGACGGACUAUGUCAGCGGCCUGAUGUGUGACAUGAAACCUACUCUGGCAGAGUAUGGCGUCUACAGAUUGGACGUCGGGAAAUGUGUAAUGGAAACAGAAGUUCCUCCAGUCAACAUUUAUUUGCCUCUACUGCUCUUCAGUCUAAUCAUACUAAGCGCCAUAACAGCCUUAGGCCUCGUAAAGUUAUUCCUAAAUCGGAACAAAAAGCGACAUAAUGAAGGAUUAAACUCGACUGCGGGAAGAGAUAACUCAGAUAUAACGCCCAGCCUUCAUUUCCUAAGGGGAUUUCUACUCAUCUUAAUAAUAUACGUAACAACCGGCGGGGGUGGAUACCCAAUCUUCAGUAAGAACUAUGGCGGACUGACGGUAGCAAACUCUCUGUUAUUUGCAUAUAUAUUCUCUGUUGGACUAAAAAUACCGGUAAUGGUUGAAGAGGAUAUGAGGAAAGGGUUGUCGAAGUACGCUAUGCUUGGCAUAUUUUUUUUGAGAUCGAUUGUGCUCCUUUUCAUCGGAACUGCUAUAAGUGCCGCCGCGCCCCGCUCACAUUAUCUAGCCGUUCAACUAUGGGCACCUUUACCCUGCAUAGCUAUAUCCUACUUUGUAGUUGCUACCGUUUACCUGAUCAGUGUGAAUAAGCAGGGCAAAACCAAGAACACUUUUGGAACAGCCGGGACACUCUUUUGGAGCUGGUUUCUGGGGACAUUCCUUUUAACCAUCAUGAUAGUUUCAAUCUACGUCUUCUACUAUACCGAGUGUAAACAAUAUGCAGUAUUUGACCCACGAAGAACCUCCUGGAUGGCUCAGGGCAACAACUGCCAGGAAGACGACGUUUUUAGCGAAGUGUUCAACAAAAUCAUGCUCCAAGUGAAUAGGGAUGAACCUUUCUAUGUUGACUAUUACUAUGCCUUCACUGAAGGGUUGCUUGGAAUCUUUUCAUACAUACUCACAGCCCUAGUUGGCCUGAAAGCUGGUGUGAUCUACCUUCAACAUAACGAUCACGGCACCAGAAUGAAGCAGUGGUGUUUCUGGACGACCAUUUUUGGAGUAACUGGUAUCAUCCUUGCUGCUAUCGCCGGUCCUAUAAGUUUUAAUCUUUGGCCGAUAUCUUCAAUCUUCCUCAUCGCCGCUACCACUCUAGUGGUCUACACCACCAUCUACCACUUCACCGAGAUCCGUAACUCCGCAAGCAGCAUUAUCAAAACCUGUGGCAUUUCCUCCAUCGCCACUUUAGCUGGUCAUCUUCUCUUCUCUAAUACCUUUCCGUUCUACUGGGGCAAGUCUUUGGACACGCAUAUAUUGUAUUUGUGCCAGAGUGUGUGGGUUGUGUGUGUAUGGAUUGUAGUCAGUGUGUGUUGGGUGAAGAUGAGGAGAUGUUUGGUCACCAGUGCGGUGAGUGACGAGGGGGCGAAAUGCGUUGUGCUUGCGUGGUGAAAUUACAUAAUUAUUAUAUAUAUAUUUAAUAACCGGGAUAUCCAUAAGAGGCAAACAAUUCGAAAUGAUAAUAAAUGACACAGUAAAUUGUAAAAAAGGCUAAGUAAAGCAACCUUAACCGAUCAGCGGGUAUUAUUGAGCAGCAUUAUCUUCUCGGAUACCUUCCCGUUCUACUGGGGUCGGUCUCUAGACACACAUAAGGUUGUAUAUGUGUCAGAGUGUGUGGGUUGUGUCACUGUGUGUGUGUGUGUGGGUUGUAGUGAGUGUUGUUAGGUCUUCACAUAGAAGUUACGGAGAUGUUUAGUCGUUAGUGCGGUUAGUAACGAGGGAGCGAAGAGCGUUGUUCUCGCUUGGUGAAGUUACAUGGUACUAGUAUAGGUAUUAUAUUUAAUAAACGCGAAAUCCGUAAGCGGUUAAAAUGAAAAAAACAAUAAAAUGUACCACGGGAAACAGGGUGACCUUAUGUAUGUACCAUUAAAAAGAAAAUGAAUGCUUGGAAUAUAACAUACAGGAAUAUGCAUUAUAAAUAAAUUAUUUGAUUGUU